AUGGAAGAUUCGACCAUGAUGCCGACGACAAUAAUGAACUGGACGAUGAACACGACGGGGAACGAAACCUUGAUUGAACCGUACACUGGUCCGGAUCUUAAGCUCGCGACAAAGGUGAUCAACAUGAUCCUCCUGAUGCUUCUCAUGAUCUCCAUGGGAUGUACUCUCAACUACAAGGAUUUUAGAAAGACGAUCCGUCGUCCAACUGGUUUCUUCAUUGGUAUGUUAUGCCAGUUCGUCCUUAUGCCCCUGAUUGGAUUUUGUAUUGCACUAGCCUUUCAACUACCUUCAGCAGGGGCUCUAUCACUGCUAAUCCUUGCCUGCUGCCCCGGUGGCACCCUCUCUAAUCUCUACACCUACUGGGUCGAUGGAGAUGUCUGCCUCAGCCGUGUGUGGACCGACGACAAGGCGAUCAUUCCCUAUGUCAACAUCGUUACAACUCUGGUCAUCAUCCUCGUCCCCGUCGCUUUCGGUGUAUUCCUGAAUUGGUGGAAAAAAUCACUGACUAAGCAUAUUACUAGGAUUGGCAUCGUCUGUUCCUUCAUCUGCCUCAUUUUCGCCAUCGCCAUCAGCAUCAUAAUGAACCCUGCCUUUUUCAAGGCUGGAUGGAGGCUCUGGUUCUGUGCCGCAAUACUUCCGAUGAUAGGCUUCUGUAUGGGUUACAGUAUCGCGCGCCUGCUCCGUCAACCUCAUAAGAAGUGCCGCUCCAUCGCCUUCGAGACCGGUUCACAGAACGUAUCUUUGGCCUUGACCAUAACCGUCGUCACCUUCGCUGACUCUCCUCUCUUUCUUGACAUGCUCUUCUAUCCCUCCCUCUACCUCUGUUUCAUAAACAUCGAUUCCUUUACCGUGAUCUUCUUGUAUAAGAUCGUCACCUACUAUCGAGAGAAGAACUGUCCACGAAAAGAGAAGGAACCCAACGACAAAGACGUUGACGACGAGGAUGACGACGAUUCUAACAAUAAAGAGAGCGACGAGAAGGAGAGCACAAAAAAUCAAGAAAUGAAACCCAUGUACAAAAAAAUCUUCAACAAAAAUGGGGAGAUAUGA